AUGUCAUUUAGAGCUAAGUCAAUUUCGCACAGAACUCCAAAAUCUUCAAACACAGAAUUCACAAUAGUCACAGUAGCUCCAAAAGGAGGAACUUCAGACAACUCAGCAUUGAGGCUGCUUAAAGCCAAUCAAGAACACGAAAAAAAUUCAUGAAAAGGCAUCUCUAUAGAAACAGUUGGGAGGCCAGGGCAAGGCCUACACACACAACGAGGGACAUCUACAAAAUUUUUGAAAUUAUUUGAAGCUGCCUGCCGACAAAAGCUUGACAAACUAAAAAAAGAAGAAGACUAUCGACCUUCUUUAAUACUGUUUAUGCCAGUAAGUGAGCAGCAAUUAGUAAAGAAUUCUCUGCCUCAAAAUUCCUACUGUAAGGGGAAUUUUUUGCAGCCACACGAACUCUUAUAUAGGAUUUAUAAAACAGAUGCAAAACUUGUCCGAUCAAUUUUUGAAGCAUCAGGGUUUAAUUAUACAGAUUCGCACGAUUGGAAUAUUAUGUGAAUAGGAUCAAGUGCUAAGCCUUACCUAUAUGAAGGUUUAAAUGAGUAUCAGAGAAUCAAUCAUUUCCCAAAUUCUUUUGAAUUGACUAGAAAAGACAGGAUGUGUGCUAACAUUGUAGCCAUGCAGAAAAAAUUUGGUAAGCAAGCAUUUGAUUUUAUACCUGAUACCUUUAUCCUGCCUGAUGAGUAUUCUGACUUUUAUAAUCAAUUUUAUCGAGAUAAAACUGCUCAAUGGAUAUUGAAGCCAUCUGCAAGUUCAAGAGGGCGAGGAAUUUAUUUGAUUGAAAACGUUGAAGAUGUUCCAACUGAUGAGCCUUGUAUAGUUUCCCAAUACAUUCAAAACCCAUUGCUUAUCAAUGGUCUAAAAUUUGAUAUCAGACUUUAUGUUCUCAUAACAAGUAUCGACCCAUUGAAAAUUUAUAUAUAUGAAGAAGGCUUGGCAAGGUUCGCAAGUGAACCUUAUACUCCUGGGAACAAAAACAAUCAUUUUAUCCAUCUGACGAACUAUAGUGUAAACAAAAACAAUGAUAAAUUUGUGCAGAACAAUGACUGAAGACAAGAUGAUGUGGGGCAUAAAUGAAGCUUACAUGCGCUAAUGAAGCAUUUGGAAAGCGUUGGGAUAGAUACUGAUCUGAUGUGGAAUAGGAUUUAUGAACUAGUUGUCAAAGCGAUUCUUUCGGUAGAAGAAAUUCUUAUUGAUAAUGCUAGAAAGCUUGGACUGCAUAGAAAUAACUGUUUUGAUUUGUUUGGGUUUGAUGUUUUACUGGAUUCUAACUUAAAGCCGUGGCUGCUAGAAGUAAACCUCAGCCCUUCUUUGGCGACUGAUGCACCUUUGGAUUUGCAUAUCAAAGGAAAUUUGAUUGCAGAUGCUUUUAAUUUAAUUGGGGUAAGGGUUUAUGACAGAAAAAAAGAAAAUCCUAGUAAGAUUAGAGCAAGAAUAAGGUUUAGGCAAAGCCAAUAUUCUAAUAUAAUGUCUUAGAAGUUUUGCUUUGUGGUGUUUUAUAUAUGAUAUAGAAAAAUCUUAAUUUUUAAUAGAUUUAAAUUUAAGCGCUAAAGAGCAAAAUAUGCAAUUGAUAAUAUUCGCUCUCAACAGAUAGAGCGAAAUCGAAAAAAUAGUGACACCUCUAUUUUAUAUAAAAAUUGGCAUUGAGUAGCAAUGAUAAUUCCUAUUUGUUUGAUAAAAUAUAAAUUUAGGGGAGUCAGCAGUCAGCCUGCGAGAGCUCAAUCUCCAUCUAUGAAAAGGAAGGAUACGAACAGCAGAUCAAAGCUCAAAGAUGUAAUAAAAGAAGCCAUAGAAGAAUAUGAUAGAAGAGGAGGGUUUUUACGAAUUUAUCCUGCCAAGGACUGUGACUAUUACGACCAAUAUUUUUCAACAAUACGGCCCAUUAACAAAGCUCUUUACAAUGCUCUUUUUAAUGAUUCUGCAGAUCUCCACUCAUCAUCUUCAGUCAAAAAUUUUACACGUCCUCAAACUACAUCGCUGCUAAAAAGGGAUAUAAAAAUAAACACCUGUGUAGAUCAAAGCAAUCCCCCCGCAAAUGAUAAUCGAAAUCAAGAUGCUAAUGAGCAAUCUUCAAACAAAAAAAUCAAAGUUGACAGUUUUUCUUGCAUACAGUGCAAGUCUCAAGGUUCUUCAGAAAUUCCUUGCACUCACAAGCAACCUCAAACUGAUAAAAUUGUGGUCACCGGAGAUGAUGUAUUGAUCUGCUAUGCUUCAUAAUAAUAAAAUGGCUACGCACUAAAGUGAUUGCCUCUGAAAACCCUCCCUCUUCCGCGAUAUUUAUUAUUAUGGGAUUUGGUUUUUCUGGUGUAUUGUAUCCACAAUGCCAAAGCAUGGCUUAUCGGGUAAGGCAAGAUAGAUUAGCCCAAGAACUCUAGGAUUCAAUAAGUUUUAUUGUUUUACAUAUCUGGAGGAGGGUGACCCUUGGGCAGAGCACGCGCAGGAGUCAAGCAUAUGGCGAGGCAAUGCGCCCCGUGUGUAUUUUCCUUCCGCAAAGUUUGGAAUGCCCUCGCAAUUUUUUGUGACGUAGGCACUUAGGGGCGUCGACACCAUUUUGGUUAUUGGGAUGGCCUGCGAUAUCUCUGGAUGGGACUUAAAGAGAUGGGCCCAGGCACAUUGCUGAAAAGGCUUGCACGUUAAAAACAAAGUAAGUAAUUAGAUUAGACUGUUAUGUUUCAAGGGUCAUCGAUCUUAUUAAGACAAUUCCAGAAGAAAGACUCAGAAAAGAGUGGAAAAAAUCAAUUGAUAAAUUCAUUUGCCACCACGCUUGGGAAAACCCUGAAGCACACAAAGCUGGAACCUUACUGCAAAAAUUAGAAGUUCGUCUAUCUGAAAUGAAAGAAAUGAAAAGAAAAAAAGUUUACAGCGCUUCUUCACAACCCGAUUCAGAAAAUGACAUGCUUGAAGAAGUUCGUAAUCAAACCAUCGGCAAGUGCUCUAUCAUCCAGCUUGAAGAAAUGCUAAAAUCUUCAUCCAACACAAUCGCUCAAGACAUUGUUUCCUGCAUUGUAGGAAGAGAAAGAGGACUUCUCAGCGAUAUCAUCUCCACUCUUCAAACAAUCAAAACGCAGGAUCAAUCACAAGGAUACUAUGCUGAAGCUGAAUCUGAUGGAGAAAGCUUUUCCAAAUGUAUUGAAAAAUUCAGCAACUUUAAUCCUCUCACUCCACUCCUUUUAAACUAUUAUAUUUUUUUAAGAAAAAAAUUCACCCUCUUAAAUUAUAUUAGAAUUUUUUGCGAAGUUAGCUCUAAACUUGCAGUCAAAGGUUUUUCCUCAAUACAUUGGAGAUCUUCUAUCCCUUAUAUGCGUCCCCAUACAACAAGUAAAUUUAGGUAA